AUGCAGCAGUGGGGGGCAGAGAGCCCCCUCCCCCCAUUCCCACACUGCUUCACCUGGGACUCGCUCCUCCGGCCCCAGGUAGAGCCUCUUGGCCCCUUUGUGCAGAGCCACGAGGUCCUCGCAGUGGACUUAAGAGCAGGAUCCGCACCCAGCACCUUUGGAGGCAGCAGCGGAAAAACACUCGUGAUGCUUUCUCCGCCAUUUCCACCAUGUGGUGAAGGGAAAAGCACCUCCAUGAAGCCAGCUCAGGGUGGGGUGUCUUUUGAAGAGGUGGCUGUGUAUUUCUCCCAGGGGGAGUGGGCCCUGCUGCGCCCAGCCCAGAGAGCUCUCUACAAGGAGGUCAUGCUGGAGAAUUUUGGGAACGUGGCCUCUCUGGGGCUGCUCACUGCCAAACCUGACCUCAUAUCCUGGCUGGAAGGAGUAGAAGAGCCGUUCCCCCUGUUCUCUGAGGAAGAGGAGGGAUUGACACACAACUGUUUAGUACCCCAAGAAAUAUUCAGAAGUGGUGUAAGCAGUGGAGUGGAGGGCAGUCUCUACAGCAGAGAUCCCGGCAUACCAGGGAAGAGGGGCACUGAGCAAUUUUUGGUCCAUGUGGAGUGGCAGCCAGGCUGGCCUAGCACUGACUCGGAGAUAGAACAGACUCUCGCAGGAUAUAUGGAAACAUUCUACAGAGGAGAGAAAACAUACAAAAGUUUGGAGUGUGGAUAUAGUUUAAUUCAGAGGGGACAUCUUACUUCCCAUCAAAGAAUUCAUACAAGGGAGACGUUGUAUAAAUGCCUGCAAUGUGGGAAAGGCUUCAGACAAAAGGAUAAGCUAAUUUGCCAUGAAAGAAUUCAUACAGGUGAAAAGCCGUAUAAAUGCCUGGAGUGUGAAAAAAACUUUGGGCGGAGAGAUAGCCUAAUGUCACAUCAAAGAAUUCACACAGGGGAAAAACCAUAUAUAUGCUUGGAGUGUGGAAAAAGAUUCAGUUACAGUGGACAUCUUACUUCCCAUAAAAGAAUUCACACAAGGGAGAAACUAUAUAAAUACCUGGAUUGUGGAAACGGCUUCAGUCAGAAUGGAAAAUUUAAUUCCCAUCAAAGAAUUCACACAGAGGAGAAAAAGUAUAAAUGCCUAGAAUGUGGGAAAAGUUUCAGUCAGAGUGGACAGUUUAAUAUCCAUCAAAGAAUUCACACAGGGGAAAAGCCAUAUAAAUGUCUGGAGUGUGAAAAAAUCUUUGGGCGGAAGGAUAGCUUAAUAUCCCAUCAAAGAAUUCACACAGGAGAGAGACCAUAUAUAUGCUUGGAGUGUGGAAAAAGAUUCCGUCACAGUGGACAUCUUACUUCCCAUCAAAGAAUUCAUACAGGGGAAAAACCAUAUGAAUGUCCGGAAUGUGGAAAGGGCUUCAGAGAGAGUGGAAACCUUAUUUCCCAUCAAAGAAUUCACACAGAAGAAAAAAAAUAUAAAUGCCUAGAGUGUGGGAAAAGCUUCAGACGGAGUGACAGCCUUAUUUACCAUAAAAAACUCCACACAGGAGAGAAACCAUAUGAAUGCCUGGAAUGCGGAAAGAGCUUUAGAGAGAGUGGAAACCUUACUUCCCAUCAAAGAAUUCACACAGGAGUGAAACCAUAUAAAUGCCUGCAAUGUGAAAAAAGCUUCACUCACAGUGGAAGUCUUACUUACCAUGAAAGAAGUCAUACAGGGGAGAAACCAUAUAAAUGCUUGCAGUGUGGAAAAAGUUUCAUUUACAGCAGAAGCCUUACUUACCAUGAAAGAAUUCACACAGGGGAGAGGCCAUAUAAAUGCCUGGAGUGUGGAAAGAGCUUUAGUCGCAGUGACAGCCUUACUUCCCAUCAAAGAAUUCACACAGGGGAGAAGCCAUAUAAAUGCCUGGAGUGUGGAAAGAGCUUCAGUCAUAGCGGACACCUCACUUCCCAUCAAAGAAUUCACACAGAGGAGACACCAUAUAAAUGCCUGCAGUGCGGAAAAGGCUUUAGACAGAAGGGCAAACUAACUUCCCAUGAAAGAAUUCAUACAGGGGAGAGACCAUACAUAUGCUUGGAGUGUGGAAAGAGCUUCAGAGAGAGUGGAAGCCUUACUUCUCAUCUAAGAAUUCACACAGGGGAGAAAAAACAUAAAUGCUUGGAAUGUGGAAAAAGUUUCAGCCGCAGUGGAAGCCUUAAUUCCCACCAAAGGAUUCACACUGGGGAGAAACCAUAUAAAUGCCUCGAGUGUGGACAAAGCUUUCGACGAAAGGAUAAAUUAACUUCCCAUCAAAGAAUUCACACAGGGGAGAAACCAUAUAAAUGCCUGGAGUGUGGAAAAAGCUUCAGUCAGAGUGGAAGUCUUACUUUCCAUCGAAGACUUCACACAGGGGAGAAAAAAAUAUAAUGCUUAGAAUGUGGGGAAACCAUUGGACAGAAAGAUUCCCUAACUUCCCAUGGAAGAAUUCACAGAGGGAAGAAACCAUAGAAAAGUCUGUAGUGUGGAGAGGCAUUACAUGAAAGUGACCUGAAUUUAGAAAGCAGUGCAAUAAAACAGCACAACACACACACUAGAUAAUGUAGUAAAAGUGCCUUAAAAAAAUCUAUAAUUAAAUCAUGUCCUUACUGUCUUCAUAAAAAUGCCCUCAAAAACUAUUUUGUUUUACACACUCUGUGGAGUGCUGAAAUUGUGGGUGGGGUUGUGACCCCGUCAGGCAGGCCAUUCCCCCAAGUCAGAACCACAAGAGAGAAUCCUCUACAUUCAGCUGUCCAUCUCACCUAUUAUCUUUGCUUAGAUGAGGAAUUGAUAACAGCAGAUCAUAUCAAGGGGGGAGGGGGCAGUCCUGUAUAUCUGUCAGAUCAUGGCUCUGAAAGACUUUGUAGGUAACAGCCAGCACUUUGAAAUGCACCUGAAAAUUACACAGUCCCCAUAGGGUGACUCAAGAUGUGUGUCAUAUGAGUUGUAUGCCUCAUCUUGAAUAGUAAUCAAGUUGCUGCAUUCUGCUGAAGAUCCUGAAUUUAAGGGGAGAUCUUGACUUCAAGGGCACUGCAGUAGUCUGGCUGCAUGGUUACUCUGGAUUCAACUUUCCUUGUGUGUAUUGAGUUUAAUGUGAGCCUUUAUGGCUGUUGCAUUCAUUGUAUUCCAAGGAAAACCGAGUGUUGCUUCAGUUGACACUCUGACGUUUUAACAUUCGAAUUGUUAACGGGGUUUCUGGUCUGUGGUGUAAGCAGCAGCGCUUUGAGUUGCAACUGUCUUUUUUGCAAAACAACUAAUUCGGGAGAAGCUAUAAAUCGGUAUUUGAGUUAUCUGCCAUGCUGUCACGCCCAUUCUACAAACACUCCAGUAACAAUCAGUUACUGGGUUCAAUUCAAAGUUCUGGUUAUCACCUUCAAAGCCCUGAUUGGCCUUGGGGUCGCAGGGCUGCAUCCCUUGCUAUGCUCCACCGUGCCUGCUUUGCUCAUCCAAGCAAAGUCAUCUUGCAUGCAGGCAAAGUCAACAGCUACCUCUCCACACCCUUUCUCUUUAGUGCCUCCUUCCUUGUGGAAUGGCCUGCCGGAGAAGGGCAGGAAGCCCCCACACUUCUACCAUUCUGCAACAUUCGCAGAACUGCAAUGUGCUGGCGGGCAUUUUUAGAAAGGGUUUAGAACUGUUGCCAUGUUUAUUGCACAGGUCACCUCCCGCGUUUAUUGGAAUGUCCUCUGCCUUAGUAACCCUCUCUCUUCAUUGUGUUAUAACAUGCCUUAGACAACGUCUUUGAAAUCACAGUUCGUAACACAGCAGAACAGCAGUUGUCAAGUCACUUGACUGGGCUUCAGUAAGUGGCGAGUAAAACUAACGCAACAAUGUGAUGGACCAACACUGGACUCCUGCAAAUGACUUUUUUCGUCGAUGGCUUGGGACAUUCCUGGUGAUUUGGGAACAGUGCCUGGGGAGGGCAUAGUUUGGGAAAGGGGAGGAGAUCAGCAGGGAUGUUACUGCCAUAGAAGAAACUGAAGCCCCAGAACAUCUUCCUCUUAUACCACUCUAGAACGACCAUUCCUCCUAGACUCUUUGAUAUACCAUAGACGGCCUACUUUAUAACUAGAUGGGUUGAAAGGGUGAUGAAUGAGUUGGGUGGAAUCAGGGCUUUUUUCCAGCAGGAAUGCGGGGGAACAGAGUUCUGGCACCUCUUUAAAAUGGUCACAUGGCCGGUGGCCCCGCCCCCUGAU